AUGUUAACAGAGGGGCAAGAGAUUUCGGAAGGAAGAUUCAAGGUCAUAAAGAAACUAGGAAGUGGAGCUUUUGGAGAGAUUUACAAGGGUAAAAAAUACUCUUUGUCAAUUAACAUCUGUGUAGUGGAGAAGAAGAAGACAGGCGAAUUCUAUGCUGCUAAAAUUGAAAAAGCAACAAAGUACGCUAAGCACGUUAUGCUGUUCUGGGAAAGUAAACUCAUCCAUAAGCUAAGAGGAAAGACAUGCGUUCCAGGGCUACACUAUGUCGGCACCGACAAUUCAAAUGAAAGUUCUUAAUUCCAUGUCAUGAUUAUGGAUAUGCUAGGUCCUAGUCUAGAGGAUCUUUUUCAAGCAUGCAAGAGAUAGUUUGACUUGAAGACAUUAAAAAGAAUUGAAAAAGUGCAUGAUGAAAGAAUUAUUCAUAGAGACAUUAAGCCCGAUAAUUUCCUCAUUGGUAUCACAGAAUAGACCAAGGAUAGUAUAUUUAUCAUUGACUUUGGUCUUGCUAAGUGCUAUAAAAAUACAGAUGGACAGCAUAUUAAGUAUCGUGAUGGGAAAAAUUUGACAGGUACUGCCAGAUAUGCUAGUAUCAAUACUCAUAAGGGAGUUGAGUAAUCCAGAAGAGAUGAUCUUGAGACUAUUGGCCACGUGCUACUUUACUUUUUGAGAGGCAGUUUACCCUGGUAAGGCCUCCCAGGAAGAAGCAAGAAUGAGAAGUAUAACAAUAUCAAGAAGAAGAAGAUUGAAACAUCAUUAGAAGAACUUUGCAAGGGUUAUCCUCCAGAAUUCAAAGAGUUCAUGGAGUACUGUCGCAAUCUUAAAUUUGAAGAGGAUCCAGAUUACAAGUAUGUGAUUGGCAUCUUUGAGAAAUGUAUGACUAGACAUGGUUAUGAUUUGAAAUCAACCGACUACACCUGGAAACAAAACAGACUGAGUAAGGAUAAGGAAGCUCUUAAAAACAGUGUUCUAAAUGUUAUCAAAAAGAAACCCAAUGAGAAAAAAGACGACCCAUAAAAUACUAAUUUAAAUUGA